AGUGAUUCAGUAGUAAAGGCAGAGCAGAGGCCAUUUUCUGUGUUUCUUGCAGGGAAGCGUACAUUCGCUGUGAUGUAUUUUGUUGCAAUUAUGACAUUAUUAUCAUUUUUCAAAUGAUCCAAGUUUGCUUUUAGUGUUGUGUAACAAUUUAAACCACAAUGGAGGCUGUAAAGGCUUUCAACGAUGAGCUCUCAGCUCUCUAUGAAACAAAGCCUCCUAUAUCAAAGGCUAAGAUGACGUCCAUUACUAGAACGGCCAUCAAAGCAAUCAAGUUCUACAAACAUGUUGUACAAAGUGUUGAAAAGUUUAUACAAAAGUGCAAACCCGAAUACAAGGUGCCUGGAUUGUAUGUGAUUGAUUCUAUAGUGAGGCAAUCGCGGCAUCAGUUUGGAACUGAGAAGGAUGUUUUUGCGCCGAGAUUCGCCAGAAACCUCACGCAAACUUUCAGCCAUCUCUUCAGCUGUCCGCCUGAAGAUAAGAGCAAAGUAAUCCGCGUGCUGAACCUAUGGCAGAAGAACGGUGUUUUUGACGCGGACACGAUCAACCCGCUGUUCGACCUGGCCGACCCGUCGCAUCCCAUCCACAGCGAGCAGGCUCAGGCCAAUGCGCAGGCCAACGCGCAGGCGAAUGCAGCAAGUAAUGGACUCUCUGCCAAGAAACCACCUUCUUCCGCCACUAACACACCACUAACUCGGACUACGCCCAAUUCAACGAAAACGCCGAGCUCAACGACAAAACCUGACACGACAACUCCAUCUUGGAUAUCCGGAAAUGACUCGACACCAGCCGCUAACAACUCCAUGCUAAAUAUGGUACAGCCGUCAAUAGUAGACACUUCGAUGCUUCAACAGCUACAACAGCUGCACAACAUCCUGGUGAAUCAGACAUCGCAGCAAUCAGCUGAUAGUCACCAGCACUCGUCCACCCCGGUCAAGAGAGAUCGUGACAGUGGCGAUCAGGUAAAAUUCGACAAGAAACUGUUGGACUUUGAUUAUGGUGAUGACGAGGAUGACGACGGCAAGACCUCGCCGCAGCAGCCGGCCGCCCCGCAGCCGUUCCAGCAGAAUACACAGGCGGCGGCUGCACUUGACUCUCUUGGCAGCAUUCUUGGCAACCCAGAGGUGCUGAGGCAGCUGCACAGCCUUCAGCAGCACCUGGACCAGCAGGGCAGGGAGGAGAAGCUGAGGAAGUUGCAGCAGAUGAAGCAACAGGAAGAGGAGUUCGACAAACAUCUCGCUCAAACUUUGCCUAGCUUACCGUUUGCUAACGAAUGUGAUUUCAAGCUGAACUUGACUGUGGCGGCGGAAAGCUCUAGCGGCGCAGGCGGGUCACACCAGGCGCUACUGAUGCACGCCUCGGGUGCCGCCGGUUCGGGGGCGUCGGCGAUGCCAAGUCUGCCCAACAUGUCGCAGCCGCCACCCGGCUAUCCGCCUCACCAUCUACAUUCGGGCACUGCGCAUGCGCCAAACAAGAGUCCGCUGGAGGACGGAGAAAGGCCGAAUUCGGACGUCGAUGAGAGGCAACAUGGGAUACGUAACUGGGUUUCUGAUGCUAUGUUGCGGAGUCAGAACCUUAACAGGCAAUCAGGAGGAGGAGGAGAAGGGGGAGGCGACAGUGGCGCUGCAGUGGUCGUGAUAGACAGUGAGUCGCCGAGCGACUCGCCCGGAGGUCGCAAGCGACAGCGCUCCAGUCGCUAUAGUCGCUCAUCGUCACGGUCAAGGUCGCGUCGUCGCUCAAGGUCGCGCUCGCGUCGUCGAAGGUCUCGCUCCUUUGACAGAGAAUACGACAGAGAUGACAAAGGCAGAUCCAAGGACUCAGUGCGUGAUAGACAGAGAAAGAGAAAAGGUCUUCCGCCGUUGAGGAAAAAUCAUUUGUCAGUGUGCAGCACAACACUGUGGGUGGGGCAUUUGUCGCGACUGGUGCAGCAGGACGAGCUGUCGAACACAUUCGGCGAGUACGGCGACAUCGUGUCCAUCGACCUCAUUCCGCCGCGCGGCUGUGCCUUCAUCUGCAUGAACCGGCGUCAGGACGCCAACCGCGCCCUCCAGCAUCUCAAGCAUCACAAGAUGCAGCAGAAGGCCAUCACGCUGGCGUGGGCCCCUGGUAAGGGCAUGAAGGGCAAGGAGUGGAAGGAUUACUGGGAGGUGGAGCAGGGAGUGUCCUACAUUCCCUGGAACAAGAUUACGCCCCAAACCGACUUUGAUCUGCUGGAAGAGGGAGGCAUGUUUGAUGAGGAGUCGGUGCCUGAGUGGCUUAAGUUGAAAUUGGAGACUUCGAAACAGCAGAAACAGGCGGAGAAGAAAUUGGAGGACCCGCGCCGAGCACCCAGCUCCAUAGACACGCAUUCGCAGGAUGACACCCCCAUGAACGAGGAUGAUAACAGCAAGGACCUACCAGGUGAGCUGGACCAGCCUCUAGGUGCGCCUCCCGGGUUCAUUCCACUGCCCGAUGGACCACAGCCGCCCCCCGACCCUACGGCGCCCCAUCUCAAGGGGCCCCUGCCGCCUCCACCGCCCCUCGGACUGCCUCCUGUCGGUAUCAUGCCGCCUUUCGGGCUGCCUAACAUGCCUCGUCUGAUGGGUGGGCCAAUGGGAAUGCCGAUGGGCCCCGGGCUAAUGCCGAAUGUGCCCCUGGGCGUGCCCCCUCCCGGCCUCAUCAGCUCCCCCCUGAUCCACCAGCAGAUGAUGCAACGCCUUCCGCAACCAGUCAACUCGCCCUUCAAUCCUCCACCGGGCGUAGCGAGCCUGAUGAGCGGACCGCCGCCGCCGCUGUCGCAGAUCCCGCUGCCGGGAAGCGGUGCCGCCCCUGACAAGGGGGGCCCCAAGGGGCCCACUGGCCCUCCCGACCCCCUCACUGCCGCCUUCACCGACCCCCUCCUGCAGAUGCCUUUCUCGCUGCCGCCCCAGCUACAGCUCAAUACAUUGGCUCCAAACCUGCACCAACCGGCUCCUCAGCAGGUCAAAUUGCCGCCAAAACCAGCUGACUCAUCGCAGGCUGAUAAUGAUAAAAAAGACGAUAAUCAGAUGCCUUCGUUCAGUCAUCCCCCUCCAAACUUUCCCAAUUUGGGUGCAAUGAACAUCCCCCCUCCCACAACUACACCCGCCUCCACCUCCAACAAAGACGGAGAUAAUAACAUGCAGAUAGACGACAAGGAAGACAGAGAUAGUCGCGACAAAUCAGGCAAGAAAGACUCGAGAGACAGGGACAGAGAACGCGAGAGGGAGCGAGAUUACAGGGGUGGCCGAGGGAGAGAGCGGGAGAGAGAGUACCGCGACAGAGAUAGGGAUUACCGUGGGAGGGAGAGAGAUUACAGGAGUAGGGAUAGGAGAGACAGAGACAGACGGUCUCGAGACAAGGACGACGAUGAUGAUAAGAAGGAGGGAGGUAGGAAGAGUGAGGACAGGGGGAAGGAUAGGGACAGGGAGAGAGAUAGAGAUAGGGAUAGGGAUCGUGGUGAUAGGGAUAGAGACAGAGAUAGGGAUAGGGACAGGGAGCGAGAUAGAGAUAGGCGUAGUAGCAGAGGUGGAGGGAGAUGGAGUGAUAGGGAUAGUAAGAGAAAGGAUGAUCGGUCGUUGAGUGAGGAGAAGAAUAACUGGACAAGUUCGCAGGAUAAUAAUCAGAAUCAGCAGGAUCGGAACGACGGCUUCAACAACAACAAUAAUAGCAUGAACAACAACAACAAUAACCAUGACGCCUCAAGACAGAACAUGAUGGACAUGCACCAGGGACCACCCCAUCCCGACAAUGGUCCACCCAAGGGUGGUCCACAUGGGCCACAAUCUGGACCACCGCAUGGCCCACCGUCUGGACCACCGCAUGGCCCACCUCCUGGACCGCAUGGGCCACAAUCUGGACCUCAUGGGCCACCACCGCAUGGGCCACCUUCUGGACCUCAUGGUCCACCUUCUGGACCUCAUGGGCCACCGUCUGGACCACAUGGGCCACCGUCUGGACCUCAUGGACCACCUUCUGGACCGCAUGGGCCACAAUCUGGACCUCAUGGGCUACCACCGCAUGGGCCACCGCCUGGGCCACAUGGUCCACCGCCUGGACCACAUGGGCCACCGCCUGGACAACAUGGACCACCACCUGGACAGCAUGGUCCACCGCCUGGACAGCAUGGACCACCAAGGGGCAUGCCCCCGCCAGGACCGCCCAUGGGCAUGAUGAUGGGUGAUGGACCAAGGCCGCCUUUCGGGCCAGGUGGCCCACCUCCAAUGAUGUUCGGUCCAAGGGGUCCGGUGGGUGGUCCCCCGCCGGUCAUUGACCCCGAUGCCUUCGACAUGGCGGGUCCCCCGGGAGGCGGCGGUGGCUUUGGAGGUCCCCCGCCCCCAGGGGUGGUCGACAUGUUCGACAAUGGCCCACCGCCCCCGGGCAUGGAUGGAGGCGGCUUCGGCGGUGGCCCCCGGGGGCCCCCUGUGUUUGGGGGCGGGCCCCCAGGCCAGGAUCGCAUCAGAAUUGAGUUCUUCCCGCGCGGCAGAGGAAUGCGACCCGACUUUGGACCCAGGAUGAUGGGCAGGGGUGGUCCCAUGGGUCCAAUGUUCUCUCCAAGAGGUCCCGGUCCCAGAAGUCCCAUGAGAGGACCAAGGCCAGGAAUGUGGAUGGAGAACCAAGGCGGCCCGCACCCACAAGGUCCCCCAGGCGGUCCCGGCUUCCCGCCGCCGCCACGAGGCUUCAUGACGCCGCCUCCCGGUCCGGGACCGGACGGAGCGCCGCCGGCAGACGACUUCAACAACAGUCCACAGCGCAACAUGUCGGCGGCCGUGAUGCGCGGUCCAAUGCGCGGUGGUCCGCGCUUCCUGGGUGGGGCAGCGUCGCGGGGAGACCGUCGUGGGUCUCGCUGGAGUGGUUCAAUGUCGCCGGGAGUCGAACCCGACCCGGAACAAGACCGCAAACCGGAGAACAUAGAGAAAAAGUCUAGUCCCGAGGAUAGUUUAGCCAUGGACGUAGACCAACCCGUGAAAAUUGAGGAGGCGCAGAAGCCUCUAGAUAUGGAUAUAGAUCUUCCCAAAACUGAUGAUAUUAAGCCACAGGUUGCGUCCUUCAAGGAAGAUGUUGUAGUGAAGCCUCCUGAGGACGUCGUUUGUAAAAAUGAGGAUGUUGAUAGUGAGGUUAGGAGAGGUGUGAGGAAAGAGGAGGAGACUGCUAGGAGCAACUAUGAGGAAGAAGUGAGAAGAGAAGAGGAUAGGAGCAACUUUAGUGAAGAUGUUAGGAAAAUAGAGGAGAAUAACCUGGGUAACAACUAUAGUAAUGAAGAUAAAGGAUUAGUUAGGAAUGAGGUGGAGGAUAGUGGUAGGAGUAACUUUGAAGAUCAGUCGAAUAUCUGUAGUACAAAUGAAACAAAUAAUUUUAACAUGCGUAGAGAGGAGAGUAGUUUUGAAGGAGGUGAGGAGAAGGUCGGAGUUGUGCCGGAACAACGUCAAGAGGAGUUUGUAGCAGUGCCAGAACGUAGAAUGUCUUUGGAGAAACCUCAGGAGGAGUUUGUGAGGGUGCCGGAACGUAGAAUGUCUGUGGAACAUCGUCAAGAUGAGUUUGUAGCAGUUCCGGAGCGUAGAAUGUCCUUGGAACAUCAUCAGGAGGAGUUUGUAGUACGGGAUCAAUCUACUGAAGAGGUUAGGAAAGAAGUAGUUAAUGACACCCCAAACCCUAGGACCGAUUCAGAGAUUAGCAGGACUAAUGAACAUGUUGAAUCGGCUUCGUUGAACAGUAGUAGUACAGUAGAGCCACUAGAGUGUAGCACUGGAGAAUCAGCAGUCAUUCCUGAGGAAUCAUCGUCGUAGAACCGAGUGAUUUUUCGGUGAAAUCUUGUGAUUUUUGCGGUUAUGUUCGGGUCUUAGAAUGUCAGGAUACAAUAUUGUCUGGCUCUAGUCUUUGAAUGAAUGAAGUUGAUAUUGAAAUUUAGUUGUGUGAACACAGGAAAGUUUUGUGCGGUUUUGCAAAUUUGUGAGCAAAACGAGUGUGGAAGUGGAAAACUUGACCGAGUGUUGUGUGUUUUAGUGGAAAGACUUGUGUUUCCAGCUAGGAACCAUGCAACCUACAUAUAGUUUGAUAACCUACUUGUUCAUGUAGUUACAUCUGAUAAUUUAUUUUCAAUAGACUACCCUGCUUGAAGCUGGACAUUUUUGUGACCAUCGUUCUGGUUUGUGUUAAAUUAUUAUGAAAAUACUCGCUGUAAAUAGGACUGCACAUAUAUAGUUUAAUAUAUUCUGAAACGAAUUUAUAUUUUUAAUAAAACCGUGUUGAUGAUGAUUGACAUUUUUUCUGCCAUCGGUCAAGUUUCUAGUGUGUCCUGUGUUCACGCAAUUCUAGUUCCGUGAUCCACCACCGUGGGAUGCUAGCGCUUGCGUUCUAAUGUAACGGCAAGUGCAAGGUACUGUGCUAGUUUUAGUUUUCUUUUCAACUAUUACUUGUAAUUCACUUAUCGAUAUCAUUCUUGUAUCAGAAGGACUUACAUCACAAAGAUUCUAAUACUGGGAGACUAGAAGGAUUGCCACCGUUAGAAUCUAGAUAUCUAUAAUACUCAACACUCAUGAUAGUAUGUCUUCAAUUACAGAGCUCACAAAUUAUUUACAAUAUUUAUUACUUAAUUUUGAUUAAAUUUUCAGGUUUGGUGAUGAUAUUUAUUACUUUUAAAUAUUGAAGCAAUUUACUAGACCUUUAAAAUAUUAUUUAUUUAAAUAGAUUAUCAAUGUUCAGACUACCCUUUUUAUUUCAGUGUUUUUACGUGUUAUUUAAAAACAGCAUUUGAAAAUAUUGGAAUAUGGAUAAGUUUGAAAAUUUAUUAUUAAUUUGUAGAUAAUUUACAAAUCAUUGAAAAGUUUAUUCUUGUUUCAACUAACUUUUUAUUCUAAGUUAUGAAACAGCAAACUUGUUGCUAUGAUUAAUCUUUCAUGUGAAAGAUGAUCUUCUUUUGAAAUUAUUGCAAUAAUUUUUUUGUUGAUAGAUAUGACAUUUGCGUAUUUUGACAAUUAGUAAUAAUAAUGAUAAUGUAUGAAAUCAAUUAGUAUCACUAUGUCUGUUUUUUGUUGUUAAAACAAUUUUUAAUUAAAAGUAGAAUUUUCAGUUGAA